UUUUCUAAUGGAGAAGAUACAAUGCUUCAAUUAAGUUUAAUUUUUUUUGUCACAGCGCUAUGCAUAGUCAAAAUACCAAUAGCACCGUGUUAGAUGGAAACGGUAAAAUAAUGGCUGAAAAAUUACAGCAAGGGGUGGACAAUCCAGUUACAAUGCUAAACUCUGGUGAUUUUCGAGACUUCUCAGAUCUGGAGAAAGAGAAGGCAGUGCUGCAGCACACAAAGACCACUGGGGAUCUUGCGCAAAGGAUGGCAGACUCACAUGAGAACCUCCUCUCAAAGAGGAAGCUCAUCAUUGUGUUUCUUUCCAUGACUAUUGGCUUGUUUCUAGCGUUCGUUGACCAAACGGGAGUUACUGUGGCGUUGCCAUAUAUUGCGGACGACUUGCAUGCACACCAGACGAUAUCGUGGGCUGGUACAUCUUCGUUGAUCAGCACAACGGUGUUUGCCAUUCUGUUUGGCCGGUUCAGUGACAUCUUUUCAAGGAAGUAUACAUUGAUAGCAUCGAUGGUAGUGUUGGCUUUCUUUGACCUUGGCUGUGGGUUAUCACAGACACCAACACAGUUUUACAUUUGUCGGGCUUUCUGCGGUAUAGGCACCGGAGGGAUCACGUCGUUAACGACGGUCAUUGUUUCGGAUAUUGUCACGUUAGAACAGCGGGGGAAGUAUCAGGGUAUUCUUGGAGCAUUUGUAGGCUUAGGGAAUGCCAUUGGUCCCUUUAUUGCUGCGGGAUUCAUUGAGCAUUCUUCGUGGCGGAAGUUUUACUUCACUCUUUUUCCGAUCAUCCUCUGUGCAACCAUCUCUGUCUUCAAAAUCGUACCAUACACAAAGCCAGAUAAUACAAUUCAGGAGAAGCUCAAGAACAUCGACUACUUUGGAUUUUUAUCAAGUUCUAUUGCAAUUAUUUUUCUUUUGAUCCCUAUCAGUGGAGGUGGGUCUACUUUUGAAUGGAAUAGUGCCUUUACAAUUGCAAUGCUCACUAUUGGGGGGACGUUUGUGUUUGUCUUUUUGUUCGUUGAAUACAGAGUGGCAAAGCUACCGAUGGUUCCCUUGCGGCUUUUUUCUGCAAACCUCUCAUUGACUGUGUUGCUUUCACAGAAUUUCUUUUUUGGAAUGUGCUACUUCAGCGCAAUUUACUACUACCCUUACUACUUUGAAGUUGUGAAGAACUACUCCGUUUUGCACACAUCAUGCUUUUUCUUGGCAAUGGUUGUCCCUCAAUGUCUCUCUUCUGUAGGCUCUGGGCAACUCAUCUCAAGGACAAAACACUACUGGCAUGUGACAUGGUUUGGCUAUUGCAUGUGGAUGCUAGCGCUAGGACUUUUGAAUCUUUGGUCGAGCACAAACAAUUACGGGUUGAACAUCAUUACGAUGAUCCUCAAUGGUUUGGGAGUGGGUUGCAUAUUCCAGCCGACCCUGGUUGCCGCACAGGCUCAUUCGUAUAAGAAGGACAGAGCAACGGUGAUAUCUACCAGAAACCUUCUACGUUCUUUAGGGGGUGCCAUCAGUCUUGCAAUAUCCUCGACCAUCAUUGCCAACACCAUCUCUAGCCAACUGUCAAUAUCGGGCAACAAAUACUUUAGCAACGAGGAGAUUGUGCAGUUGAAGAAGCUUGUGUAUUCCAAGAUCAACUUGACCUUGUACACCGCGGAGCAGGCUGAAUAUCUACGCGCGUUGUACAUGAAAAGCAUUAAGACUAUUUUCUAUGUGUGGAUGGGCUGUAUGGGGUACUGUCUUGUUUCAAACUUGACCAUUAAAGACCAAGGACUUAAACCAGUUGACGACCGUGAUGAUUGAUGACGCUAUAGAAAGUGCUUCGGCCCGAUCUGAACUGAUCCGAUCCAAUUCCCUUCGGCUUGAAUUGCUUAGUAUCCGUUUAUUUUCUGAAACGCACAGUAUAUAUUUAUAGAACAACUAAUAGAAACAACGUGGUGAUUCUGCUCUAAAUCACGUCGUCAAGGAUGUCAUUGCUCAAGCCCUGUUCUCCCUGCAUGUUUGCAGGAGGGUGGAUGGAGGGCAGGAACUCCAAUACAACGUAAAAGACGCCGAUUAACAAAAGGACCAACGCAAUAAUAUAUCUGAUGAAAGAGCCAUGCAUGUUCAGCACUGCAAUCAACAUGUAGAUGGCGCCUCUCCCAAGGAAGGAGAAGAACGAAGAAGCAUAGGUGAAAAGCUUUGGCGGGAUACGGAAUUCUAAGUAACCGAUGAGGAUCCCGAUUCCAAUGACGAAAAUCCCCUGGAAGAAGUAGUCAAAUCUGGAGAAAAGCUCGGUCAAUCCGCA